AUGAGUUAUGCUAGGGCAUCCAACACACCCACCAAUCAUCUGGGCUUUCGCACAGAACACAGAAAUGUGGACGCGUCUUCCUUUCCUCAUGUGUGCUGUGGCGGCUAUGCCGCACGAUGGCAUACUGAUUCUGAACGGACAAGCACGGUGCACCUGUACGAACCUGAUACCCGUGACUUCCACGAGACAAACCCUUCCGUGACGGCAUACGGCCGUCUGGUGGAGGGGGACAUCUUGAGGUUGCCCGAGGAGGACCGCAAGGCCAUCUCCAGCGGCCAGCUGUGGGACGACAGGCGUUAUAACUACGAGAUCGUGGCCGAGGACAAGCGCGACUUCAUCGAGGCUGGAAUUCAGUUCUGGAAGGAAAACUCGUGCAUCGACUUCAAGGAAGUGUCAUCUGACAGCAGCCUGCCCCGAGUCCAGUUCGUAGCUGAGAAGGGCUGCUGGUCGAACGUGGGCUGCGUGGCCAAGGCCCAGGGCUCGCGCACGCAGAAGCUCAGCAUUGGCAGCGGCUGCAGCGGUCUGGGUACUGUGACCCACGAGAUCGGUCACUCGCUCGGCUUCUUCCACGAGCAGUCGCGCUCCGACCGCGACCGCUACGUCUCCAUCCUCUGGGAGAACAUCGAAGCGAGUGGCAAGAGCAACUUCGAAAGGGUAACCACUACCGAGCACCAUGGCGUGCCGUACGAUCUCUCCUCCGUCAUGCACUACGGCAAACACUUCUUCUCGAGCAACGGGAAACCGACCAUCCUCACACUGGACCCGACCAGGCAGGGCCUGAUCGGACAGCGCGUGCAGCCGUCGUUCCGCGACGUCAGUCUCAUGAACAGGUUGUACAAGUGUGAAGAGCUGUGCCCUAGGCGGCCGGCCUGCCACAACGGCGGCUACGUGUCGGCUGACUGCAGGUGCCACUGCCCUCCGGGCACGUCGGGUGCCGACUGCGGCCGGGUCACGGGCUCCUACUACCCGGAGCCGACCUGCGGCGGCACGGUCACCACCGAAGGCGCCCUCACCAGCCCCGGCUGGCCGGGCGUCUACCCGGCCGGCGCCGACUGCGUAUGGUGGAUCAAGCCGCCGGCCGGCCGCCGCGCGCAGGUCGCCUUCACCAAGUUCGACAUUCUGUAUCGCGUUAACGAAGAUGGCUGUUACUUUGAACAUCUUGAUGUCAAGAACACUGGCAUCAUGGGUGAAGCGGAGAGGUAUUGCGGCACCGACUUGGCCAACAAGAAUCUGGAGGCGCGCGGCCCCGAUGGUGACAUGGUGCUCCAUUUCAAGGCCUACCGCAAACACUACGCCGGCACUGGCUUCGCCGCCGAGGUCAAGUUUGUGUGA